AUGACAACCGUCGCAGCGCCGGGCUCGUCGAGUUCUACCAACCCACCAGAGAAUGGUGCUAAGAAGCCGUCGCCAGGUAUUGGGUGGCGAAAAUGGUUUGGAGCCACCUCUGGUUCCCUACCGGAGGAUGUGGACCAGGAAAAUGAAAGUUAUCGCGCAAAAUCAACAUUGGGUAUUUUGAGUGACAGGGAGACUGAUGAAGUGCCUGGAACGGUGCUUCUGUUAUCUUCGAAUCGCAAUGAGCCCUUGGGCUUGAGACACCAGCCCCGGCGUGCGUCUGCGUCGUCGUUGCCCUCGCCGUACCCGACAUCGCGUUCUUCUUCUCUAGCCUCUGGUAAGUCUCAGAAGAAGACGGCUGAUGGGCAGAUCGUGUUGAAUCCUCAGCCCGAUGAUUCGGUAAACGAUCCUCUGAACUGGCCCAUGUGGCGUCGAGAUUCUGCCUUGGUUUCCUUGGGCUUCUAUUGCCUGAUGGGUGGAGGGAUGACACCAAUUCUGGCCGCUGGGUUCAAUGACGUUGCAGAGACCUACGGGGUGAGCACCCAGAAGGUGGCUUUCACCACGGGACUCUAUAUGCUGGGCCUUGGAGUAGGCUCUGUAAUCAUGUCUCCCACUGCUAUUCUUUUUGGAAAACGCCCGGUGUAUCUGCUAGGUGCUACUCUGUUUAUUAUCUCCGCAGUUUGGUGUGCACUAUCUCCAAACUACGCCAGCUUGGUUGUGGCUCGUGUCUUCCAAGGCAUCGCCGUGAGCCCCGUAGAGUGUCUCCCUUCGGCUACUAUUGCAGAAAUCUACUUUCUCCACGAGAGGGCCUACCGCGUGGGUAUCUAUACACUUCUUCUCCUAGGCGGCAAGAACCUGGUCCCGUUAGUCAGUGCUGCCAUCAUUGGCAGGAUGGGAUGGCGCUGGGUCUUUUGGAUUGUUGCCAUCAUCGUUGGAGCUUGUCUCGUUCUGAUCUUCUUCUUUCUGCCCGAGACCUUCUGGGAUCGCACCCCUCGCCCACGGCGUCCACGCAAACGCCCAAGCUUCUACCGGAACGUGUCAGAUAUGGUGGUUCAUGGUUUUCGGGGUAGACCGACUUAUGCUCGUCACUCAGAUGAGCCGCAUCCGGAGCAUAUCGCCCCUAUAGAGUCACCGAAAAGGCCGAAAAAGGGCCAUGUGGGAUUUCUGGAACCCGACGAGGCCCCGGAUAUCCACAACGAAAAGGACGAACUGCAGGAGGAUCGUGAACACACCUCUGUAACUCCAAACCCUCUCUUCACACCUGCACCGGACUUGACCCUGGGAAAGGAAGAGCCCGGUGGUGAUGUGGAAAGGGGCCGACACCCGGCAGUCUCCCCGGCUCGCAGUGACUCGGUUGAUUCAAGCGUGCCAGUGAGUUUGUCUGUACAUUACACGAAUCAACUUCGAGAGAAGCCCCAGAUGUCGUUUUCGCACUACCUGCGACCCUGGAAUGGUCGGAUUUCCCAUGAUAAUUGGUUUCGGGUUGCGGUACGCCCUUUCAUCCUGUUCGCCUAUCCCGCUGUUUUGUGGUCUACUGUGGUCUACGCGCUGUCUGUGGGAUGGCUUAUUGUCGUGUCGGAAUCGGUGGCGCAUAUGUAUCAGGGCUCAGAGAAUUACAACUUCACCCCGCUGCAGACCGGACUGGUGUACAUUUCGCCCUUCGUUGGGGGCCUCCUCGGCACUGCCGUGGCCGGACGGGUAUCGGAUAUCAUCGUCCGGUUUAUGACGCGGCGGAAUGGUGGUGUGUACGAGCCUGAGUUCCGACUGGUCAUGGCGAUCCCCAUUGCGUUGUCCACCACGAUCGGACUGAUGGCGUUCGGAUGGACUGCCGAAGUGAAGGACUCCUGGAUUGUCCCGACCGUAUUUUUUGGACUGAUCUCGUUCGGCUGCUGUCUGGGCAGCACCACGUCGAUUACAUUCUGCGUCGAUAGCUACCGCCAAUAUGCGGGGGAGGCGCUGGUGACAUUGAACUGGAGCAAGAAUGUGUUCCACGGGUUGGUCUUCUCGCUGUUUAUUGUCGACUGGCUGGACUCGGAUGGGUCGCGCACGGUGUUUCUGGCCCUGGGAGGCAUUCAGCUGGGGUGCCUGUUGUUCUCCAUCCCCAUGUACAUAUACGGCAAGCGGGCUCGGAUGUGGACGGUUCGAGGACGGUUGAUGGAACGGUUUUAG